GCCAGCCAGCUCAGGUACACAGCUGCUCUUAAACACAUUAGACUAGUCACCUGACCAACCGCAUCCUCAGUUCCCCUUCUGUCACCCAGCAUGAAAACAUGUACUGUGUGGUGUCAAAUCCAAUUACGCAUCUAUGCCGCAUGCCUAUAAAGCUGGAAUGUUUUUCUUGCGUCGUAAACCAAUCAGCCAUCGGAUGGUCCAGAGCGUCUCUGCAGUGACUGGUCAAAAGUGAUCAGAAGGGUGGAGUGAGAUGCUUAGAAGGCGGGAUUUGCGUUGUUUAGGACAGCCCCCGUCCCAAGUCAGCCAUACCCCCUUUAAUUGUUUUAGCGUGCUAGAGAGACAGAGUUUAUUCUGGCAGGGAAGAGAGUGCAGCCUCACUCCUGUGAAGUACGAACUAGUGUGGAUGGAGCACGACAUCUCUCUCCAUCCCUCCCUCGCAUGCCAUCAGACUGACUUUAUCACCGUUCACUGGCUCUGACUUUAUUUUGUCCUCUGCACCUGGAGUGACUGACUGAGAGGAAAAGGAAGCAGCAGGUUCUUCACCCUCGGAGGAAGAAAGCGAAGCUUCCCGAAACCAGUACUGACAGCCUGGACAAGACCCCCAGUAGACAGCCACCAUGUGUGACUGUUUUCACCUGGCAUUUCCCAACUGGCAUGCGUCAGCCGCGGGAGAAGGGCGAAGGCUGAAGGGACCAGAACAAGACACAGAUGAUGAUUUAGUAUGUGAGGAGCCUGAAGUUUUAGAGGGGGAAAGACCUCGUCCUCAGGGUUCCUCUCCUGUUGAGGAAUUCCCCACCACAGAGAAAUACGCAAAACAGGCUGAAGGUGACUUCUAUGACUCACCCACCAAGAGUUCCAAAAAAAGCAAAAGGAUUGGUUUCGGCUCACUGUUUGACAAGCGUUCCUCUGCCAAGAUGAAUCAAACAGAGGAUAUGCAAAGUGAUCAGUCAGAAAUAAUAGUGAAAACUGUGAAAGAAGUCUGUGCUGAGGGUUUGAUUGUAAGUGGAGGAAAGGACGGCAUCUUCAUCAAGGAAGUAAAACCAGAGUCGCCUGCCUCAAAGCAUUUAACUGUGAAAGAAGGUGAUCAAAUACUUAGUGCUACAGUAUAUUUUGAUAAUGUGUCAUAUGAAGACGCCCUCCAGAUUCUUGAGCAUGCUCAACCAUAUAAAGUGGCAUUCUGUCUAAAACGCAAACCACCUCCAAUAACCCAGGAAGAUGCUGAGACAAUGAGGCCAGAUACAACCAUUGGUGAGGAGGCUGAGCAAGAAGAAGAAGGAAGAGGACCAGAGAUGAGAGGUCGAAGAAAAACAAAAAAGCAACAUGAUCGCAUCUCUUGGCCCAAAUUCCCUACCUUUAGCAAAGGUCGCAGGACGAAUUUUAAAAGAUCUCACAGCACGUCAGAAGCAGAGGAACAGAGAAAACUAGAGAUAAGUCCACCAACAAGUGACACAGAGUCUCCACUUAAGUCUCCAUUAAAAUCCCCAGAUGGAAAAGACAAGAAAAAGAUGCACAAAAUGAAACUUAAGAAGCGGAUGACAGGCCGCAGGAGCAAAUCUGUUGAAGAAACCCAAGAAAACGAAGAGGCGCUUGCAACAGACGAUAUGGAGGGCUUGGACAACCAAAUUAUUAUGAAUAUAGUGGAAGAGCAAGUGCCAGUGACUAAUGUAAUAGAGAGUCCUAAAAUAUUGAAUGAAGCUGACUCAGCUAAAACAAGAAAUGAAUAUACAUUCCCGGCUUUGCCAGCAACUGAAUCACUGCAUAAGUUUGAGCUCAUCAGUGUGGACACGACAUUAAAGACUACUGAUAUUACAGUCACUCUUGGAGAUGAUGGCAAAGAAAGGAGAGAGGAAUCGGAACUGAGGGUUAGCAUUCCAGUAAAGGAUACAUAUGAAAUAGAAACAGUGAGUCAAUUAAAAUCCUCCACAAGUGGAAUGAGAACUUUGGAUCAAUCAACAUUCGACAAUAUUUUGGACAGUCCAAAUGUAAUACCACAAACUGAACCAGCUGGACAUCAAGUUGAUUCCGAUAGCAAACCAAGAGAUAAAGAGAUUUUAGAAAAGACUCAAGAGUCAGGAAAAACAGACAUACCUAAAGUUGAUGUUUCUCUUGACAUGCCAGAGGUAGGACCGAUAAGCAAAUCACCAAGAAUUGGCAGCGACAAGGAAAAGAAAGAAAUAAACAUUCUAGAAACAGAAAGUUAUGGAAUUCGAACCAGAGGACCACUGGCAGACAUAGCCAUAUCAAAGAGCCAUUUUUCAAAUGCAGUAAACAGACUAGACUUUACAUCAGACACUUUCGCUUUUGAGAUUCAAACAAGUGAGGAUGUGUCCUCAACAGACACAAAGAAACCAAUCACUCCAACACCUGUUAUAUCCCAGCCUAAAUCACAUGCUCUGGAUGUGGACAGAAGCAGGAAGAGUACUGGAGGUAGCACUGACAUUGAAUCAACUUUUAAACUGCCUAAAGUAGAUGUCUCUGAAUUUGACCACCAAGAAUCAAUAACUGUAAAACAGAGAGAACCAACCAAAGUACCUCUCCUGAAACGAGAGGAAAUUGAUAUUCCUGGCAUGGAGGACAAAGGAUCAAAAGCCAAAGUUAAAUCUCCUAGAAUUAAAGAACAAAAAGUUGAGAAGAUAAUAAAUAUAUCAAAAUCAGAAAAAAAGCAAGCUCGGGGUGAAAAAGAAGAGUUUAAUGUUGAGGAUGUAAAAGAAGCAGUAUCAAAAUUCCCUGCCUUCAAAUUACCUGAGAGAGACAUCACUGGAGUCCUUGUACAGAGAGAGGUCAGAAUCAUGGAAAUGAAGUCAGACAAGACUGGCAUGACACCUAAAGGAUCCCCUUGUAAACUUUCGAGCAUGAGCACAGAAAUAAACAUUAAUUUGCCUGACACAAUGGAUAAAGAAAAGCAGAGACUUUCUCCUGUUGCUACAAAAGAUCAAGCCUUCGUAUUACCAAAAAUUGAACAAUUGCAUCUAGAUGAAAUGGUUAUAACUGAGAGCAAAACAGACCAAUCAAAAAUUAAACUUGACCACCAACCCAAACCUGGCAAAAUGUCAGCCAGGUAUAAUAAGGUAAGUACAUCUACAGAUGUAAAAUUCAAACUUCCAAAGCGUGAAGACAUUGAAAUACCAGGAAUGGAAGCCAUGGAACAAUCAGUUCCACCGCAAAAAAUCAUAAUAGCCAAAGAUACCGACACUCAAGACAAGGCUGUGAAAGACUAUACUGAUACCGAUAUUAAAGCUGACAAAAAUGUGCAUGAAAAGAAAUCAAAGAAAUCAAAGGUAUCAAUGCCAAGUUUUGGAAUCAUGACACCUGACAUUCGCUUCUCAGGUAUUGGGAUUGAAUUACCAAUAAAGGCCACGUCAUCUAAAAGUGAUAGUGGUGCAAUGAAAACUGAAGCAAAAAUAUCUCUUGAAGAAGACAUCAAAAAAUCUUCUGAAGAAGCAACAUUUGAUGAAACUAAAAAAGCACAUGAUAUAGAGGGUGAUCAAAUGCUCCAUCAUGACGUUUGCACUGCUAUUGUUAAGGAAACCUCAAAACAAGAUGUUGAAGGAGAACUGAGGGCUGAAAUCAAAAGCAAAGACACAGAUUCCUCCCCACAAAAAAAGAAACUGCAUAAAUUAAAAAUGCCCAAAAUUGGAGGAAAAUCUAUGAAAGGAACAGCUGAAGUCACUAAAGAGGAUGUUACAGUGCAAGAAAGUGACAUAACAGAGGUUGUAUUAGAUUCUGAGAAGAGAACAUCUGAGACUGAUCCAGAAACAGACAAAAAUUGGAGUAAAUUAAAAAUGCCAAGCAUAGAUUUUUCUGUUCCAAAAAUAAAAAUCCCUAAGGCAGAGGGGAAAUCAAAGCAGGAGGAAAUUGGGCUCUCAAAGCCUCAGGCUGUUGAAGCUGUUGAGGAUGAUCGAGAGGAAAGUGGAUUUGGACUGAUCAAGUUUGGUAUUUCAAUGCCAAAAGAGAAGGCAGAAGAAGGUGGUCUGUUACCAGAUGAUUCUGAAAAAAUCAUCAAGGUUAGCGGAAAAACUGAGGUGGAGCUACCUGAACUUCCACAAGCUGAAAUAAAAGAAGCAGAGUCUAAAAUGAAGAAACGGAAAAUAUCAUUUCCCAAAUUUGGAUUCUCUAAAUCAGAUACUAAAGUAUCUGAUGCUGACGUAACUCUCCCUGCCACACAGGUCUCUUUACAUGAUGCUGAUGGGACAGAAACAGAUUUUGAAUGUAAGACCACAGAUGUAGAGGCUGAGUUCAAGGAUUCAACAGUUUCUCCCACAAAAUUUAAACUUCCCACCAUUAAACUUCCCAAAUUUGGAGUCUCAUUUCCCAAGUCAACUGAUGUUGGGGCCGAUAUUCAAAUGCCUGCUGUCAGAACUGAGGAGACUACAAUGGAUGUUAAAUUGCCAGAAGCUAAACUAUCUGUAGAAUCAACAGCACUAUCUGACAAGAAAGGCCCGGAAAUGACUCUCAGUGUAUCCAAACCUGAAGUUGACUUGUCUCUGCCUGAGGGUAAGGUAGAAAUCAAAGGUUUUCAGAAAAAAGAAAUAAAAUCAUCUGAAGAAAUUCCAUUUUCUAAACCAGAUAUUGAUGCUAGUCUGACUGACCAUGAUGGUAGAGAAAUUCCAGCCACUGCAAUUUCAAAACAAGACAUCAAAGCUGUAGAUGUUGAUGUCAGUCUUGCACAGGUUAAUUUAUCAAUUCCAAAAGGUUCUGUGGAAAUAAGAGAACCUGAUGUGAAUUUCACAAUUUCAAAGGAUGAGGCUGAACAUAAAGAUCUAACAAGUGGUGGUACACCAGUAAAGUUUAAACUUCCCUCUCUCAGCUUACCAAAGUUUGGUGGAAAAUCAUCUAAGGUAGUAAAAGACAUGCCAGUUGUAGAUAUAGAUAUUGAAGAACCUGAUGUAAGCCUUCCAGAAAAACAAAUAAGCUUGAAACUCAAAGAUGAUGCACCAUCAGGUGAUGUCAAGGAAUUAUUUGAGACUACAGAAGGUCAGUUUGUUAGUGUAGAUGUUAAGGUUGAAGAACCAAAGCUCAAAGAACAAGAGGUUACCAUUACACUGCCUAAAUUUGGCAUUAGUCUUCCAAAGGUUGAAGCCCACAAGUCAGCCGAUAGUACGCACAAAGAAGAAUCAAUUAUAGACCCCAAAGAAUCAAAUGCAGAGUCUGUCCAGGCUGAGAAAGAUCCAAGAUCUCCAACCAAAAUUAAAUUUCCUACAAUUAAAUUCCCAAAAUUUGGGGUCUCAUUUCCAAAAUCAACAGAUGCAAUCUCUGACUGUCAAAUGCCUGAAGUCACCAAAGAUGAAGCUACCAUGGAAAUUAAAGCGCCAGAAACCGAACUGUCUGCAGAACUGCCAUCAUUACCUGAAAUGAAAACCCCACAUAUUAUUCUCAGUGUUUCCAAACCUGAAGUUGAUGUAUGUACCCCAGAGGUAGACAAGGCUAUUGAUGCACACUCUGAAAAGGUAUUGUCUUCAGAACAUGCAUUUUCUAAACCAGAGAUUAAGAUGAGCCUUGUAGGCCAUGGUCUUGAUCAAGAGACAGCUAUAGAAGAUUUGAAAGUGCAAGCCAAGAAACUUGAGGCGGAAGUCAAACUUUCUUCAGGUUCAGUAGAUGAAGUCAUCCUGGAGGCUAAAGAAAAGGAGAGUGAAUUCAAAGUUAAGAAACGUAAAAUAUCUUUUCCGAAAUUUGGCUUUUCCAAAUCUGACACUAAGAUCCCUGAUGCUGACACCAGUCUUCAAAAAGAAGGAAUAUCUGUGCCUGACACUGAGAUCAAAGAGACUGAAGUGACACUUCCUGCUCCAGAGGUUGAAGUCCAGUUAAAAAACAAAAGUACUUCUGGUUCUCCAUCUAAAUUCAAGCUUCCAACAAUUUCUCUCCCUAAAUUUGAUAUUUCCAUUUCAAAGACUGGGGAAGAAUCUACAAUAAAAGCUGAGGAUGAUGCACAGUCAGAAGUAAAGGCAGCAUCAGCAGUUGCAUCACAUGAUAAAGAUGCAGGAAUGCAAGAUCCAGAACAAUCUAAAUCAACUUUUGAAACCCUACCAGUGGAUGCUGAAAUAAAAACCAAAGACACUGAUCCUGGUAGUCAAGGGGGUAGAUUUAUGAUGCCCAAAUUUGAAUUUUCAUUUCCAAAGCUAAAGGGACCAGAAUUUAAAAAGGGUGCAUCAAGAACAGAUGUGGAAAAACCAGAGGUUUCACUGAAACAUGACAAAGAGAGUGCUGAGGGAACAGCAAACAUACCUGGGGCAUCUGUGGAAAUGGAGGUAACGAUGAAAAUACCAAGCUCAGAGCAUGAAUUUUCUGAACAAGACAUUAAAUCUCCAGAGAUUAAGGUUGUGAGGGGAGAUACAUCUAUGGCAGUUGAUGAAGCGGAUGUGAAUCUUAAGUCUGACUUGAAAAUUCAAACAGAGAUGUUAAAAGAUGAUUCAGCCGCAGGAGGGUCGCAUAUCAAAUUCAAACUUCCUACCUUCAGACUACCCAAAUUUGGAAGUUCAUCUUCCAAAGUAAAAGCUGAAAUAAUGGAUUUGAGUGGUGAGGAAAUUACUUUGGAGACUGAAGAUAUAUUCACAUCAGUAGAUGUGCCCAGUCAAGAGUUGAAGAAACCCUCAAUCAGUGUUGAUCAGCCAAAGGUAGAUAGUGGAGAUCAAUACACCCUGUCACUUACAGAGGCCAAAACAUCAAAGGCAGAAGGCUAUAUUUCCUUCCCAGAGGCAAAACUUGGGGAACCAUCAGCUAAAGCAGAAGUAUCACAAGCCACACUAGAAAGCAAAUUUGAUCAAGAAGUUGAUUUAAAAGACACAAGUCUGAAAAUGAAAAGACCAGGCUUUUCAUUUCCUAAAUUUGGAUUUUCAAAAACAGAUAUCAAGGCCCCAGAGAUUGAUGUCAGUCUUGCACAAGUUGAUACCUCUAAACCAGAAGGUGAUGUGAAAAUAAAAGAACAAAGCAUGAAUAUAUCAGUGUCAAAUGUUGAGGAUGAUCAAAAAGAUACAGGAACUCCUGGUGCCACAACAAAAUUUAAACUCCCCUCAAUCAACAUCCCAAAGAUUGGAGGACAAGCUACGAUGGAAGAGAAAUCUAUGCCAGUUGUAGAUAUAGCUGUUAAAGGACCUGAAGUGAGUGGUCCAGAUACACAAAUAAAAAUAUCAGGUGAAGCCCCAUCAGUAGAUAUAAAGGGACCUCAUCUAGCAACAGAGGGCCAAAUUGUAAGUGUGGACUUAAAUGUUGAUGACACUGAACUUGGAGGACAGGGGGGAAAGUUUAAGAUGCCAAAGUUUGGUAUUGGCCUACCUAGAGUAAAAGGGUUUGAUUUAAGUACAUCAAAGUCAGAUGAUACAAUUGAAGUACAACAAAUUGAUAUAAAAAAACCUGAGAUAACAACUGACGGGAUGGUUCACCCACCAGAACAAGAUUCUAAAGGUCUAGAUGUGCAGAUGAAGACAUCAGCUGAAUUUGGGUUUUCAAAACCAGAAUUAAAAGCCCCUGAAGUUGAUGUAAGUAUUCAAAAAACUGAUAUCCCCAUACCCGAAGGCAGUAUGGACCUAGAAGAAGCAAAUGUGGAUAUUAAAGUGUCAAAGAUGGAGUCUGACCAAAAAGGUUCAACAAUUUUUGGAUCCCCAACAAAGUUUAAACUCCCAUCUCUAAGCCUACCGAAAUUUGGUGUUAAAUCACCGAAAGUAGCAUUAGACAUUAAUGUGACAGAUUCAGAACUUGAAGGAACAAACUUAAAAACUGACAUUUCUAAACCUGAUGUGAAAUUAGAGGCACAGCCACCCAAUACUGAAGCUAAAGUCGAAGGGAGUGCAGACAUGCCUGAGGUUGACUCCAAAGGACUCCAAGUAAAAUUGAAGAGACCGAGCUUUUCAUUUCCCAAGUUUGGGUUUUCUAAACCAGACACUUCAUCUCCAGAGGUUAAUGUCAGUGCACCAAAGGCUGAAGUGUCCAUACCAGAGGUCAAUGUACCUGUAAAAGAACAAACAGCAGAAGUCACACUUUCUGGAGGAGAGGCUGAACAGAAAGAUCUAACAAUUGUUAGUUCCCCAACCAAAUUUAAACUGCCAGAAAUUAACUUGCCAAAAUUUGGAGUCAAAACUUCAAAAGGUAUAGUAAGUUCACCAUCAGCAGAUAAGGACAUAAAAGGAAUCAGAAUCACUGCUCAUGAACCAGACAUCAAGAUGUCAGGUCAAAUACCAAAAAUUGACUUAGAUGUAAAAGAAAUAGAGACCGAUAUACAUGCCACAAUAAGAGACACUGAUGUUCAUCUAGCAGAAGGAAAAGUAAUACUACUCCAACCUAAUGUUGACAUUCAAGACAUAUCCAUCGAAGGCAAAGCAGAUAUGCCUGAAGUUGAUUUGAAAGGGCUUGAUGUGAAACUGAAGAAGCCAAGCUUUUCACUUCCAAAAUUUGGUUUUUCAAAGCCAGAUAUUAAGGGGCAAGAUGUUGAUGCCAGUCAACCAAAGGUAGAUAUGGCUAUACAAGAGGGCAACAUACCUAUUAAAGACGUAGAUGCAGAAAUCACUAUUACAGAUGAAGUGAAACAAGGAGAUACAACAAAAUUUAAGCUGCCCUCAAUCAACCUUCCAAAGUUUGGACUCAAACAUCCAAAAGCUACGGCUGAUAUUCCAGCAGUUGAAGUAGAUAUUAAAGAACCUGAAAUCAGUCUCCCAGAAAAAGGAGAGUUACAAACCACUGACACAGAAACAAACAUAGACAUUAAAGGGCCAUCUGUUGAUGUGGAUAUUAAGGUUAGAGAAAUUGAUGCUGAUGGGAUGGGAAGUAAGUUCAGGCUGCCAAAAUUUGGAAUGGGCAUGCCAAAAGUAAAGGGGAUAGAGAUGGAGGGAAAAGAAAUAAACAUAGAGACUGACCUGCUAUGCGAAGAAAAGGUAAAUGUACAACAGCCCAGCGUUGAAAUUCAAAAUGUGACCAUUGAGGGGAAAACAGAUAAAGUUGAAGUUGACUCCAAAGGGCUGAAAGUGAAAUUUCCCAAAUUGGGAUUUUCAAAACCAGACCUUAAGGCUCCUGAAUUUGAUGUGAGUCUACCCAAAGCUGACAUGGGCACAUCAGCGGGAAAUGUUGAUGUUUCAGUGCAAUCUGCAGACAUUAAAUUACCAGAACAAGAACUUGAUUUAAAGGAGGACACUUUUGGCUCUCCAACCAGAUUUAAACUUCCAACAAUCAAUUUCCCAAAAUUUGGAGCCAAAGCAUCAAAGGACACAGUUGAUAUACCUACGGCACAUGUGGACAUUAAAGUUCCUGAAGUAAGCCUUCCUGAUAAGAAGUUUAACAUGUCAGGAGAAGUGUCAAGUGUUGAAAUGAAAGGGCCAACUGUUGAAGGUCCAUCCAUUGAGAUAAACAUUAAGGGAGAUGAUAAAGAGCAACAUGAGGGCAAAUUUAAGCUUCCAAAAUUUGGGAUUGCUCUUCCAACAAUUAAAGGUCCAGAUGGUGAACAAGGGCUUAAGAAAGCUCUGACCGAAACAGAAUUGAAAAUGUCAGGGGAUAUACUAUCUAUAGACAAGAAAGAGCUAAAGUUACCCAAAGGAUCAGUGGAAGUGGAUGUGGAGACUAAAGGUGCUGAACUUGAAGUAGAAGAAAGUAAAAUCAAACUACCACAGUUUGGAAUUUCUCUACAAGCAUCGAAAAGUCCAGAAAUUGGCAUAAGUGUUUCAAAAGCAGAGGUUUCUCAAACUGAUGUUAUAGGAUCUGUUACAGUAAAAGAUGUUGUGGUUGAGGAACCAGCAGAUUUAACUGAUGUGAGUUCUAAGGGAUUUAGUGUAAAAAUGAAGAAACCAAGCUUUGGAUUUCCAAAACUUGGAUUUUCAAAAUCAGAUGCCAAGGCCCAAGAUAUUCAAGCCAGUAAAACAGCAGGAGAUAUAUCCUUGCCAGAGGGCACUACAGAAAUAAGAGAAAAUGAGACAGAAGGCAAAACUGAAAUAACAAGUCCACAAUUUGGCUCGCCAACAAAAUUCAAACUCCCAACAAUGAAAUUUCCAAAAUUUGGAGUUUCCACUCCAAAGGUCCCUAGUGAUGCAGCAAAGGCUGAUUUUGAAACCAAGGAAAUUAAAGUUAGUUCUGUGGAUUAUGAGAUAGAGACAUCAAAGGUGGAUUUAUCAGGUGACAUCAAAGGCAAAACUGCAGAGACUGAAACCCCAUCUAUUGAUAUUAAUAUAAAAGAAAAAGAACUUAAUCAAGAGGGACAGGAAAUUAAAUUUAAACUUCCAAAAUUUGGAAUUUCAUUACCCAAAGUAAAAGGUCCUGAGGUGACGGUGACUGCAAAAGAGGUAAAGACAGAAACACCUGAAAUUGGGAUGACUGAACAAGAAAUGAAGGUCACAGCAGAAGAUGCAAGUCUUCCAAAAGUAGACAUGGCUUUAGACGGAGGUUCCAGCCUUGAAAAAAAAGAGGUAGAGACAGAGUUGAAAGAUGAUACAGUUGUUUCAGGUUCUCCAAGUAAAUUCAAACUGCCUACUUUUAAAAUGCCAAAAUUUGGAACUUCGGCUCAAAAAACAUCUGAUGCAAAAGUAAAAGUUGCAGAAGUAGAUGUACCAGACACUGACCUAAAUAUUGAAGACAAGCCUGUACAAGUGUCUAAAGAAACAAAAAGAGAGGGUGAAAUUAAAGAAACCACUGAACAGCUUCCAGAGGCUGCUGCUAAAAAACUGGAUGGGGACAAAGGCUCCCCAAGUAAAUUCAAGCUUCCUACUAUAAAAAUGCCAAAGAUCAGCAUUUCAAGAACAAAAUCUCAGGAAGGAGAAGAUGACACAACCACCAAAGUGAGUGCUCCAGAUGCUAAAAUAGAACCCAAAGAUGAUACUCAAGGGACUGGAAAAUCACCAAAAUUUACAAUGCCUACACUUGAGGAUGUUCUCAGGGGCUUUGAAGUUGAAUUUAAUGUUCCAACAAUAGAGGAAACGGAAGCACAAAAGGACAAGCCAUCUGUUAAGCAAGAUCAGGAGACAGGAGCAAAAGUUGAGGAAGCAGUAGAACAUAAGGACAAAGGAGCUCAGGAGAAAUCAAAAUUUAAAUUUAAAUUUCCAAAAUUAGGAUUCAGCCAGUCUUCAGAUGAAAGUGAUAAGUUGGGUGACGCUAAGACUGAAGAAAGUGAAAAGUGUCUGGAGGCUUCAGCAGAUCAGAAAGCAACUGUUAGCAAAGAACAAGUAAAAACUGAGAAAGGGAGCUGGUUCAAGUUCUCAUUUUCUUCUCCAACCAAAACGUCAAAAACAGAUGAGAAAGAAAUCAUCCAACCACCUGAAGAGGCUGAGAAGCUUGAUGAUGUUGAGAAAGUUUCAAGCAAGGAACACGAGGAACCUGAGAUGAACUCGCUCAGUGAGGCUGUGGAGGAAAACCUCAGCCCAACACUGUCACUGAAGUCAUCUGAAGCUUUUGCAGAUAUAAGUUCUGCAGUAACCACUGAGCAAAUUGGCCUGUCACAGACCUCACCUACUAAAGUUAAAGUGAAAUAUGCUGAACCCACUGCCACCAUCGGGCUCAAUGAUGUACAAAGUAAUGUUGUGACUUCCACAGCCAGAUGUGAACUGAUAUCAAUGGAGCCUCACCAGCCAGAGAAAGUCAACAUCCCUUUCUCAUCGGAUAUGUCCUCAGCCUCAGUGGACACUCUGAAACAGAUGUCAGGGGAAAUCCAUGUCAUCACAUCAAACAUACAAGCUAUACCAGAAACACAGCAAGCCUCAAUCUUUACUAAUUUAGACGUGCAUGGAAUUCACACCUCACCUUUACAAGUAACACUAGGCUCAGACUCAGUGUUGACAGUGGAGGAAACCAGAGUGCAAAGUGGGACGCGCACAUUGGUGGAAAGGCAUGUUGUGAAAGAAACUUUACAUGAUGACAAAGAGACAAUACUUGUGACACAGAGAACACGUGUAUUUGAAGGAGAGUCUGCAGAAGCCAUUUCUGAUGAGACGGCUUCCUCAAUUCGUAGGCUAAAAGAUACGGUACACACUGAGAAAAUGAGGUUUUUUGACAGUGUAGCAACAACUAAAGAAGUCACAGUAGUGAGCUCUGAAACAUCUCUAAGACAUAUGGAUUCCUCUACCGAUGAGAAUGGGAAAUGAACAUGAGAUAUGGCUGAUUUGAUGUUAUGCUUUUGAAUGUAUGUUUCAGUGUUCUCUUACAUAAUCAUAUAAGCCAGCUGAAUUGUAAUGCUAUUAAGCAAAAGAGCGCUGAUACUUAUGAACAUAUCACAUCAGUUUUGUUUAGCUAACAGAGAUUUUAAGCUUAAAAGACUUUUAAAAAUCUAUAUCCACUGGAAAAAAAAAAUGUAUGUACAUGGAAUGAUAGGAAAAAAAGUAUGUUAUAAUUUUAUGUGUGGGUUGUCAGUGUGCUUUAUUGUAAAACUGAUAUCUUGGGAAUAUUGUUUAUAGUACAAACUUGGUAAUCAAGCAAACACCAUUUAAACAGAUAUAUUCACAAAUCAAAUUAAUUAUAAAAUUGAUGUGGCUAUUAAAGACUGUUGACUGUAUCACAUAUUGAGGCAUUUGUUUCUUUAAGGUUAUUUAUUUUGUGAAAACUAUAUAAUUGCAUAUAAAAUCUGUUACUGCAGCCUUGAGAAAAAAAUAAAUAAAUUAUGUAAAUAUGUUUUAUUCACCCAAAAGCAUUUGCACCUACGGUAUGAUGGAAUCAAUGGACUUGCAAAACACACAAUGCAUAUUUUAAAAUACAAAUAAUUUUCUUGAUAAGCAAUGACUUUUCUUUUAACAUAUAUAGUCAAAGUAAUUAAAUUAAUGUUGUAAGAGAAACACUUUAACUGGUUGCUGAAAAAUAAAUAAAAAGUGGAA